CUUUCACGCAAUACGCUCGAUAGAACCUAAUACUUAUAUAGAAUCAAGAAUGAUAGAAACAAGAUUGCGCAAUGCGCAUGUUUGCUUUCAGUCAGCUGUUCUUGCUGACGUCACGGUUGACUUAUUAUUCGCCCGCGCUUUCGAAAGUGAAUUCGAUAGUGUUUUCAAGUGUUGAAUUAAUUGUGAAAUUUUAUAUUUUUUAAAAUGCGUUGCGCAGUGUUCGGGUGCAAUAAUAAUAAUGGUUUAAGUUCGCGGAAUCCAACUAAGUUGUUACCUAGCGCUAUUCCCACGUUAACCACUGCUCCUGCAGAGGCUAAUGAACGGCAGAAAAGGAUGGAGUCUCGUUCUAAAAAAGAGAUGUUAACAACAAUGUUGAAGAAUACCGCCCCUCUUGAAGUAAUUCAAGAAGACGAGGUUGGAGAGGCACCUCAAAUUGCAGGAGAGGAGCUCAUCGAUGAGAAAGACGAGAAAAUACUGCAUUUGGAAACAGAAAUACAAAGACUGAAUAGUGUUGUUAGAACUUUGAAGAAGUGCAAAAACGAGCAGUCAGCAGAAAUUAAACGCCUUAGGAUUUCCAUUAAAACCUCGGAAUUCCACAGAAAUAAUUUGGAGCAAAAACUUAGCUGCAUUUUCACCAAUGGCCAGGUAAUAUUUUUCAACGUGUGUCAGUUGAUCUAAAUUCCACUGACCCAAUUGAAAAAAAUGGUGACUUGGAGAUUUUCAACAAUGACGGACUUGAGAAUUUGGCAGGGUACAUCUGCCACAAACUCGGUAAAGACAACCCCGAAAUUUAUGCCAAUUCAGAAAAUGGUUCGUCUUAUAUUUGGGUGGAUCACCUUUCUGAAGGAGGACUCUCAAAACCAACAGAUAUGUUGAUGAAGCAUAUGAGAGCCUUGCAAGCAGUAUUUGACGAUGUAAAUGGUACUGAUUUGCAUAUAUGUAUGUAUGUACAAAUUACGUCCAGAAGCACUUAGAUUUAAGUAAUUUUGUAAAUUGUAGCUCGAAAGUAAAAUAAUUGUUUUUCAGAGCUAGAAUGUAUUUUAGGAUUCGUUCCUUAAAUAAAAACUUAAUUGAACAUAUGUAUAGAAAAAA